AUGAUCGCUGCUGACAACUCCUAUUUCAACGGCAAGGAGCUCCCUCAAGGGGACUCCCCUGACCUGGUGCUGGUUCCUGCCACCCCCGGGGAGCGGAUUGAGUCCAUUCGUCUCAACAGCAAAGCAUGGAAGGGCCGUCUGGACCUUGAGACGUAUAUCACGCGUGAGAACCAUCUGUAUCAGCAACGGCUGAAUAAGGAUGGCUUGACCUGUUGGAUCUUGGUUGAUCGCAAAGAGCCGGAAGAGCAUAGAACGAUCCUCGGUUCUUGCGAAACAUACCGAAAGAAAGCCAUGUUGGCACAUGACGGUAUUGUGGAGGACGUCGCAACUCAUGGUAUUGGAAGUGUCUAUUGCCGGCCGGACUUCAGAGGUAAAGGAUACGCCAAGAGAAUGAUGCAGGAGCUGAGCGAGAAGAUCGAGACUUGGAAGAUGGAGACAGAGACUCGAAAGCGUUGCCUUUUCACAGUUCUCUUUUCUGAUAUCGGAAAGGACUUUUAUGCUCAAUUUGGUUGGCAGCCAUACACGUCAUGCCAUUUUGCCUUGUCGCCCAUUUCCGAGGAAGUCUAUGCCACUGCCAAUGCUCAGGCAAAUUUCCCAAAAACAAGGAUUUUGACACCGGAGGACGUCCACGAGAGCAUUUGUAGUGAGGAGGUCUUGCAAAAAGAGCGUGAACUGUUGAGGGCGGCCUCUCAAAAGUCAUCAGUGCCCAGAAUUGCGAUUGCACCGAACUUCGAGCACUUUGAAUGGCACUGGGCAAGAGAAGAAUUCUAUGCGGAGAGGAUAUAUCCCGACCGCGAAUUGCCUCGCGCAAAGGGUGCUGGAGAAGACAGUGCCGGGGUGUACUGUGCCUGGAACAGGAACUUUGGUGAAACGCCUGAGGAGAAUACCCUGUACAUUCUCCGAUGGGUGUACGACGAGCCCACCUCACCAGAACAGGGCGAAAAGGUUGUGAAAGCCAUGGCGGCGGUCCUGCGACGUGCUCAGCUCGAAGCGUGCAGAUGGAACAUGGCAACAGUUGAGUUCUGGAACCCAACGCCGCUAUUGAAAAAGGCAGUUGCCUUGCUGGACCCCAAGGCCGAAGUAGUUCACCGGGAGAAGAGCAGCAUCGCGUGCCUGAGAUGGACUGGUGCCGAGCACGGCUUGGGUGCAAACGUGGAAUGGCACUUGAACGAGAAAUACGCCUGGUGCUGA